UCGGCCUGAACCCGCGGUCUGGGAGCCCACGUGGGUUGGGUUUCAGGGUGUUCUGUUUGUGCUGGCGGCCGGUGCAGAGUAAGGUCGGGGCGCCAUGGGAAAGCUGCGUCGGAGGUACAACAUCAAGGGGCGCCAGCAGGUGGCCCCGGGCCCCUCGAAGGGCCCUCCCGAGCCGCCCCCCGUGCGGGUGGAACUGGAAGAUCAGGGCACGUUGAAAGGAGUCGAUGCAAGUAACGCGCUGGUCCUGCCCGGGAAGAAGAAAAAGAAGACCAGAGCCCCUCCCCUGUCCAAGAAGGAGAAGAAGCCCCUGACCAAGAAGCAGCGGAAGAUGCUGCAGAGAAUCGUAGACCAGAAGGAGAAGAAGAGCCAGCGAGCAGAGAUGCUACAGAAAUUGAGUGAAGUGCAGGUCUCAGAAGCUGAGAUGAGACUCUUUUACACCACGUCCAAGCUGGGCACCGGGGACCGCAUGUACCGCGCCAAAGAGAAGCCUGACGAGAUUGCAGCCCAGGGUCAGGUGAAGAUCAGCAGCCUCAGCGGGGCCCACCGGAAGCGCCGCCGUGAAGAGGCAGAAGAGGAGGAGUCUGAGUCCUCAGUGGAGUCCAAACCUGAGGAGGCCCCAGCUCCCGAGCGGGUGGAGGCUGCUGCAGGGACAGCCACAGCACAUCUGCCACCAGCCCCGCCAGGGGCUGGAGACCAGAGCCCGGUGCCCAGUGGUCCGCCCAGCACCCCUGCCCCUCCGUCAGCUCCCCCCACAGCAGCCUCCACGCUGGCCAGGCCCCCAGUGAAGCCUGCCGUCUUCAUCCCUGUGAACCGCUCCCCCGAAAUGCAGGAAGAACGGCUGAAGCUCCCGAUUCUCUCUGAAGAACAAGUGAUCAUGGAGGCAGUGGCCGAGCACCCCAUCGUCAUCGUGUGUGGCGAGACUGGCAGCGGGAAGACCACCCAAGUGCCCCAGUUUCUGUACGAAGCAGGCUACAGCAGCGACAACAGCAUCAUCGGGGUCACGGAGCCCCGCCGAGUGGCCGCCGUGGCCAUGUCCCAGCGGGUGGCCAAGGAGAUGAAUCUGUCACAACGGGUGGUCUCCUAUCAGAUCCGGUAUGAAGGAAAUGUGACGGAAGAGACCAGAAUCAAGUUCAUGACAGAUGGCGUCUUGCUCAAGGAAAUCCAGAAGGACUUCCUGCUGCGGAAGUACAAGGUGGUGAUCAUUGACGAGGCCCACGAGAGAAGCGUGUACACAGACAUCCUCAUUGGCCUCCUGUCCCGCAUUGUGUGUCUCCGGGAGAAGAGGCACCUGCCGCUGAAGCUGCUCAUUAUGUCGGCCACGCUGCGGGUGGAGGACUUCACCCAGAACCAGCGGCUCUUCGCCCAGCCACCCCCGGUCAUCAAGGUUGAGUCCAGGCAGUUCCCGGUGACGGUGCAUUUUAACAAGCGGACGCCGCUGGAAGACUAUAGCGGGGAGUGCUUCCGGAAGGUCUGCAAGAUCCACCGGGCGCUGCCCGCAGGCGGCAUCCUGGUGUUCCUGACCGGGCAGGCAGAGGUGCACGCACUGUGCCGCAGGCUGAGGAGAGCCUUCCCACUUGCCAAGCCCAGGCCGCCAGACAAGGACGACCAGGAGGAUUCGGUAGAAGAAAUGCGGAAAUUUAAGAAGUCGCGGGUGCGGGCAAGGAAGACCCAGACCAGGACGUUGCCCCUCAUCAAUCUGGACAGUUACUCGGUGUUGCCUGUAGGUGAAGCUGACGAGGACAGGGAGGCGGAGAUGGACGAGGAAGAGGAGGCCCUGGGCUCCGACCUGGACCUGGACUUAGGGGACGACGAGGCAGACAGAGGUGAGCAGCCCGACGCCUCGCUUCCCCUCCACGUGCUCCCACUCUACUCUUUGCUGGCCCCAGAGAGGCAGGCGCAGGUCUUCCAACCUCCCCCAGAGGGGACGCGGCUGUGUGUUGUGGCCACCAACGUGGCCGAGACAUCUCUCACCAUCCCGGGCAUCAAGUACGUGGUGGACUGCGGGAAGGUCAAGAAGCGGCACUACGACCGUGUCACCGGCGUGUCCUCCUUCCGCGUCACCUGGGUCUCCCAGGCCUCAGCCGAUCAGCGGGCGGGCCGCGCGGGCCGCACAGAGCCCGGCCACUGCUACAGGCUCUAUUCAUCUGCAGUUUUUGGUGACUUUGAGAAGUUCCCCCCUCCUGAAAUCACCCGGAGGCCCGUCGAAGACUUGAUCCUUCAGAUGAAAGCUCUCAACAUUGAAAAGGUCAUCAACUUCCCCUUCCCGACCCCGCCCUCUGUGGAGGCCCUCAUCGCUGCGGAGGAGCUGCUGAUCGCGCUGGGUGCCCUGGAGGCGCCCCCGAAAACAGAGAGGGUGAAGCAGCUGCAGAGGUCCCGGCUAAGCUGCCCCAUCACCGCACUGGGCAGGACCAUGGCCACGUUCCCCGUGGCACCGCGCUACGCCAAGAUGCUGGCACUGAGCCGGCAGCACGGCUGCCUGCCCUACGCCAUCACCAUUGUGGCCGCCAUGACUGUGCGGGAGCUGUUCGAGGAGCUGGACAGACCGGCUGCCAGCGACGAGGAGCUCACCAAGCUGAAGGGCAGGCGGGCCCGGGUGGCCCAGAUGAAGAGGAUCUGGGCGGGGCAAGGAGCUUCCCGGAAGCUCGGAGACCUCAUGGUGCUGCUGGGUGCCGUGGGAUCCUGCGAGUAUGCAGGCUGCUCCCCCCAGUUCUGCGAGGCCAACGGGCUGCGGUACAAGGCCAUUAUGGAGAUCCGGCGCCUGCGGGGCCAGCUGACCACGGCAGUCAAUGCCGUGUGCCCCGAGGCUGGGCUCUUCGUGGACCCCAAGAUGCAGCCGCCUUCCGAGAGCCAGGUGACCUACCUGCGGCAGAUCGUGACGGCUGGCCUGGGUGACCACCUGGCCCGCCGGGUCCAGAGCGAGGACCUGCUGGACGACAAGUGGAAGAACGCCUACAAGACCCCCCUCCUCGAUGACCCCGUCUUCAUCCACCCCAGCUCCGUCCUCUUCAAGGAACUCCCCGAGUUUGUGGUUUACCAGGAGAUAGUGGAGACCACCAAGAUGUACAUGAAAGGUGUCUCGACUGUGGAGGUCCAGUGGAUCCCGGUCCUGCUGCCUUCCUACUGCCAGUUUGACAAGCCUCUGGAGGAGCCACCCCCCACCUACUGCCCUGAGAAGGGACGGGUGCUGUGUCACCGGGCCAGCGUGUUCUAUCGCGUCGGCUGGCCGCUCCCCGCAGUCCAGGUGGAUUUUCCGGAGGGCAUCGAUUGCUACAAGCACUUCGCCCGGGUUCUGCUGGAGGGGCAGGUCUUCCACAAGCUGGCCUCGUACAAGCGCUGUUUGCUGUCUAGCCCCAGCACAAUGCUGAAGACGUGGGCCAGGCUGCAGCCCAGGACAGAGAGCCUCCUGAGAGCCCUUGUUGCCGAGAGAGCCAACUGCCGAGAUGCCUUGCUGGCUGCUUGGAGGAAAAACCCCAAGUACCUGAUGGCUGAGUACUGCGAGUGGCUCCCACAGGCCAUGCACGCCGACGUCAAGAAAGCAUGGCCGCCCACCCCUGACCGCUGACCCAGUGUGGGCCCGCCUGCCUGCGGGGCUAAGGGCUGGCCUGAGGACCCAGGGGGCUGGCAGCAGCUGGUUCCCAGCCUGGGCACCCCAGCUCCAGACUGCUCCUGGGAGGCAGGUCGAUCCCCUAGACACCCUCAUUCAUCUCGGCUCAAUUCUGGACACAGCUUGCAGCUACUCUGGGCAGUCUGACCCCAGGGCUGACUUUUGUAACUAUUGAUUACAGGGUGGAUAGCAGUUUUAUCCACAGACUGGUCCCAUUUUGAAUGUGCUCUGUGGACUACAUUAGUCCCUUGCAGAGCAGCAGGGCUGGAGGGCGAAGCAGUGGAGAGCAGGAGCGGGCUCCCCACUCCCUGGGCAUGUGGUGUCCCCAGCCAGGGAGGGCCCCCAGGGCUUGCGUCUCCUCCUGUGGAGUGGGGCACCUCCUCCCCGAGGGUCAGCUCCCCUCUGGCUACGUGGGUGUAAUAAACCUUAGCUGUGAUAGCAGCCGUC